AUGCAGCUGACGUUGUCUUUAGGAGAUCGCAUAGCCAAUUUUGUUUACCGGAGACCACUUCUUAGAGAUGUUAAAAGUCAAAAGGUUUUCUCAGCUGCGGUGAGACUUUACAAUGAGUGCAGAAAAAAUCAUCAUCGAUGCCGUUACGGCCGAGACGCUCUUUUACCGACCAGGGUCAUUGACGUUGGUACUGUCGAGUCACCCACGCUGAAGUUAUUCAUCAACGAUGUCGAACAGGAAGGCAGGUAUGUCGCCCUGAGUUACUGCUGGGGCGGCGAACAGCCCGGAAAUCUUCUAGCAACCACCUUAGAACGCAUGACUGAAGGGAUACGAAUGGAAGAGUUGGAGCAGACAGUUAGAGACGCGGUAGUGGCCACUCGAAAGCUAGGUUUCAGGUACCUUUGGGUUGAUGCAUACUGCAUUAUUCAGGAUUGUGCCCAAGACAAGGCGAACGAGAUUGGCGACAUGGCUCUAAUCUACAAGAACGCGGCUGUCAUGAUCGCGGCGGGGACUGCGGCCCGAGCCCGAGAUGGGUUUCUUGCCACUCGCAGAACAUACAUACCCGAAGAAGAGUUUCGUAUUCCCAUGUCUAGCGGCGGACUAGGAACUGUCUAUCUUCGAACUGGUACACAUAUGCCUAGGCAUGCUAUUGACACGCGUGGGUGGGUUCUUCAAGAGUUUAUGCUAUCGUCUAGGAUACUCUUCUUCUCGGAAUAUGAGCUCUUAUGGCAGUGUCAAGAGACUGAGUUACGGGGAGUCACGGGCGAAGGAUUAGAGUACUUGCAACCGCUGGAAAGUCUGCCCUGGUUGGCGUUUAAUGAUGAGGCUGGAUCGAAUUUUGGGGGCCAAGAGGAGGAGAAGAGGUACAUCUGGAUGACAGUAGUCGAACAGUACUCGCGUCGAUUGUUGAGUGACCCUGGCGACAGGUUGGAUGCCUUGAAGGGUAUCACCCUAGAGCUUCAGAGCCUGUGGCGGGACACCAACACCUUUGGGUUGUGGAGAAAAUGGUUUAUCGAGCAGCUGACCUGGUCGAAGAAAGAUUGUGAGAAAGACGGCAAUACGGAAGUUGUGAGGUCAGCCCGGGCACCCAGCUGGUCGUGGGCUUCUCUGAACGGGCGGAUCCGUUACACUGGCUUAUUCACGACGGAGUAUGCCGAGGUCCGGGGCAUGACUCUCUUAGAGGAACGCACCUCACCGCAUAACGUUAUCUUGUCGUGUCCUAUCAUCACACUUGACGAUAUGGACCAGUCAAGGCUUGAUGAAGACGAAGAGUGGAUAACAGAAUACCCUGAUUUAGCCGACAUCUCGCUUGAGAUCGGUGAUAGAGAAACCGAAUAUCUUAUCCUAGGGAAAACGAUGUUGGGAGACCUUGAGCUGCUCAUCGCGCUCAUGGUGGUUGAAGAUGACGCAUGCGGCGGAGUAUACCGUCGAGUUGGGCUGGCAACAUUCACUGAUGAGGCAAUCUUGAAUAGUGCAAAGGACAAGGUCGUAACGCUGAAGUAG